UGCCGCUGGAAUUACCAUUUAGGGUCUUCCAUUCAACGGUUUCCCACAAGUCUUCUUGACAUACUUAGACGAUGGAGGACGAGGGAGCCAGAUUACUCGAUCUCCUACAGGCACAUGGCCAACAAUUCCUAAACUCUUUUGAUCACAGUCAACUUCCUCGGAAGAGGCAGAGACUAGAAGAGUCUCACGAGGAGCCUGAGAACAAGUAUUUUGAGGAGUGGAGAGGCUUCACCAAUACAGCUGUUUCAUCUUACCCAUCCGAAGAAAAUAACGACGACGAUACUCCCUAUGAAUACGAUGACGGCUUUACCGCCAGUUCCUCUACUAAGAUGCCAGAUGUAGUGGUGUUCUCGGACUCGAGGCAGAAGCCUUCAGAACAGUUUUCGAUAGCUCAGAAAAAAGCUUUCAUGUCUUCAAAAGUAGCUAAAGUUACAUCUAUAACGACAGCCGAUGGGGCCCCACAUCGAGGCGAGGAUAACACACAAAAUGAUCACGAGGAUAUCUCGAAUGCUCAGAACGAUGCUCUUCUCCAUCGCUUGGUCCACACGAAAUUGCUGUCUGGGUCUUUGAACCCUGCACUCAACUUGACGCAUGCACAACGAGAUAAAGCACUGUCCGGUCGUGUCUUAGAGCUUGCAGGGAAAACUAAGAUUGGUAAGGGAGAAGCUGCCAUUCGCGCUGCGGAACGAAAUAAGGCUUCCAAACGAGUACGAGAAGGACUGCUAAGGAAGAAGGAUGAGCGAGAAAAGCAACAGCUGGAGGAGGCCAAAAAUUUGGGAAACUACCACCCCACUCUUAAAAGAUUGUUUGAUGCAUCAUCUGGGUCGUCAGACCGUCAAAGACGAGUUAGAGGUCUCGGGAUGGGAGUGGGUAAGUUUAGUGGGGGGACGCUGAAGCUUAGUAAACAGGAAAUAAAUUCUGUGACCGGUCGUGGGGUACAUGGCGCAGCCAGGCAUGGGCACAAUACGAGUCGUGGUCGGAGAUGAUGUCAGUGGUAGCAUUACGAUAAUUAUUCAUCAUGCACAACAGAGGUGUGCUCUCCCAUGAAAUUAUCAAAUUUCGAGAGAUUGCAUCCCAUGGGCGAUCUCCUCGAUGGGGUGCAUGUCUGAGGGAUGAGACCCAUCAUGCAGCCGGCUGGAAUUGGAUUGUCUGUCAUCUGGAAGAGUCCUGCUG